AUGUGGGGUGUUGGGGGGUUUUGGGUUGUUGGGGUUUGGGUGUGUGUGAUUGGGGUGGGAGGUGGGGGGUUUUGUUGGGGGGGUUGUGGGGGGUGUUGGUGUUGUGGGUGUGUGGGGGGGGGGGGGGGGGGGUGGGGGGGGUGGUGGGGGGGGGUGGUGUGGGGUUGGGGGGGGGUGGGUGGGGGGUGGGGGGGGGGUGUUGUGGGGGGGUGGUGGGUGAGUUUGGUGGGGGGUGUGGUGGGGUGGGGGGGUUUGUGUGGGGGGGGGGGGUGUGGGGGUGGGGGGGUGUGGGGGGGGGGGGUGGGUUUGGGGGGGGUGGGGGGGGGGGGGUGUGGUUUGUUGGGUGGGUGUGGGGGGGGUGGGGGGGGGGGGGGGGUGUGGGGGUUGGGGGUGGGGGUGGGUUGGGGUGGUUUUUGGGGAGAUAGGGAGAGUUUUGUUGUGGGAGGGGGGGGGGGGGGGGGGGUGUUGGGGGGGUGGUGGUUGGGGUUGUGUUGUUGGGGGUUGAGUGUGGUGGGGGGAGUGGGGGUGGUGUUUUGGGUGGGGGGGGGGGGGGGUUGGGGGGUGGGGGGGGGGUUGAGGGGGGGGUGGGUUGGUUGGGGAUGGGGGUUGUGUGGGUUGGGUGGGAGUGGGGUUGGGGGGAGGAUUGUUGAGGGGUGGGGGGGUUUUGUUGUUAGGGGGGGGGGGGGGGGGUUGGGGUGGUUGGGGGGGGGGGGGGGGGAAGGGUGGGUGGGAUUGGUGGGUUGGUGGUUUUUGGGGGGGGGGGGGGGGUGGGGGGGGGGGGGAGAGGGAGUUGGGUGGUUGGGGGGGGGGGGGGUGUGGGGGGUGGUGUUUUUGGGGGGAUGGAGAUUGGGGGUUGUGGUUGUGGGGGGGUGUGAGGUGGGGGGGGGGGGGGGGGGGGGGUGGAUGUGGGGGGGGGGUUGGGGGUGGGGAAGGGUGGGGGGUGGGUGUUUGGGGGGGUUUGGGGGGUUUGUGGGUUUGUGGUGUUUGGUGGGGAGGUUGUGGUGGGGUGGGGGUGGGGGGUGGGGGGGGGGGGUUGGGUGGGUGGGGGGGUGUGGGGGGUGGGGGGUGGUUGGUUGGUGGGGGAGUGGGGGGGGGGGUGGGGGGGGUGGUUGGUGGGGGGGGGGUGGGUUGGGGUUGGGGGUUGGGGUUGUGGGUGGGGGAUUGGUUUUGGUUUGUUUUGUUGUUAGGUGUGUGGUGGGUGGGUGUGGUGUGGGGGGUGGGGGGGGGGGGUGUGGGGGGGGGGGGGGGGGUGUUUUGUUGGGGUGGGGGGGGGGGGGGGGGGGGGGGGGGGGUGUUGGGGGGGGGGGGGGUUUGGGGGGGGUGGGGGUGGUGUGUUGGGGUUUUUUUUGGUUGGGGUUGGGGGGGUGGUUGGGGGGGGUGUGGUAUAUGGGGGGGGUAGGGGGGGGUUGGGUGGUGGGUGGGGGGGGUGGGGUUGUUGAGGUGGUGGGUGUUUGUGAGGGGAGGGGUAAUUGGUGGGAGGUGGGUAGGGGGGGGGGGGGGGGGUUUGGGGUUGGGGUUUAUGGAUAUGUUAGAGGUGGGGGGGUGGGGUGUUGGGGAUUGGGGAGGUUGGGGUUUGUUUUAAAGGGAAAGAGGGGUGGGGUAUGUAUGGAAGGAUUGGUGUUGGAGGAUAAGGGGGAGGGGGAAUAG